AUCUACUAUUAAUACUCGAUAUAAGACAGGCCAAUGUAGCUUACCUUGAGCAAACCGAUAAAGGACCGCUGUAGCAGUUUCGCUCAUAAAGCAGGGAACAAAAUGUCGGGAGAGGUUUACCUGCUUUGGCUGCUGUCGCUGCUCCAGACGCUGUCGGCGUACGGAGCCGAGCUGUCGUCUGAGGCUUGCAGGGAGCUGGGAUUCUCCAGCAACCUCCUGUGCAGCUCCUGCGACCUGCUGGGGGAGUUCAGCCUGACCAAGCUCCAGCCCAUCUGCCGGCAGUGCUGCCAGCAGGAGGCUCAGAUGGAGACACGCAAGCUCUACGCUGGAGCCAUCCUGGAGGUGUGUGGAUGAAAAUUGGGGAGGUUCCCUCAAGUCCAGGCUUUUGUGAGGAGCGAGAAGCCGAAGAUGUUCAAAGGUCUUCAGAUCAAGUACGUCAGAGGCUCCGAUCCUAUCCUGAAGCUCCUGGACGAUAACGGGAACAUGGCUGAGGAGCUCAGCAUCACCAAGUGGAACACAGACAGCGUUGAAGAGUUUCUGAGCGAGAAGUUGGACCGAAUAUAGAGACGCACACAGAUUUAAUAAAAAAAAAAAAUCCUUUUUUUUUUUAAUUUAGAAGCUAACGUUCCAUCAGAUUACAGCGACGAAUCAGAGCAGUGAGUAAAAUGUGGCCUUUGUUUCAACAGAUUGUCUUUGUUUAGCUGUUUGUAUAAAACCUGGGCUUGAUGGCUGUUUGUUAAAUCAUUGGCCUGUAUGACUGUUUUUGUAUCUGAAUAUGAUCAGUUUGUCUCACAUAGAUUCUUUACAAAAAAAAAACCUAAACCAGUCGAUUUCCACAUGUUUUGCAAAGAUGCCGUCAGGGUUUGGAUAAAAACGUCCGUCUGUUAUUGUUGUUUUUUCCUGUAAAAUGAUUAUUUUUAUGAUGCUUGACAUUGUGAGCAGCAGCAGGGGAGCAGCCAGCUUAGCGGAAGCGCACGUCAGUGACGAGCUCGCAGUAAACCAGCAGUGGGAUGUGAGCUCUGAUGGAAAUCUGUGUGGUUCUGCUUUGAAGAGGAACUGCUUUAUGAGCUGCAUGGCCAGAUAAUUAUGCAAAAAUAAAAAUAAUAUCUUCAACUUCUUCUAAA